UCAGGUUAGGUUUGGAGAAAGCGCCGCGUGGUGAAUUUAUUCAUCCUCUCAUUGAAUCUGCCUCUUGUUCUUUAUCCGUCGUCAUCCGCCGACUUGAUCUAUUAACGCAAGAUUCCCACAUAUAAAGAGGAAUAUUACACGUACAAAUGGGGUUCCAAAACAUAUGGUACUCGCAUCCGCGAAAAUACGGUCAAGGAUCAAGAUCCUGCCGUGCCUGUGCGAAUAGACAUGGACUUAUUCGCAAAUAUGGUCUGAACAUUUGCCGGCAAUGCUUCAGAGAAUAUGCCGCUGAUAUUGGUUUCAAGAAGCUGGAUUAAAAUAUAAGGUAAAAGUAAUUGAAGUAAAUCAACCAACAAAUCACAUCUAUGAUUUUAACCACUACUAUUUUGAAAUAAUAUUGAUAAUUGAAAACAAAUAAAAUAUUCUAACAAUUAGUGUACCCAGCACUUAAUGUUUUUCAAAUAAAUAUAACAUUUAUGUUUUUAUAAUUCUA